AUGCAGCAUCAGUAUAGAUUCUCUCACUUUGACCAUGCGAGCCCAUCUCUGGACCUGGGAAAGCGCGGCGACCCGGUGGGAUGGGAAUCAGAUCACCAAGCCCGCACAGCCCUCCUGGAACCUGGCCCUGGCACUUGGUCUAAUCCUGGAGUUUUGACGAACAACAGCAGAUGA